AUGGACCUGUUCAACGUUUCACUGGAAUCGGCUUGUAACAGCUCCGAAGUUCUCAGCAAAUGGCCUGUGAUUUUUCUUCUGGUGUUCGUUUUGGUGGCCGGUGUGAUUGGGAAUGGUCUGGUGUUUCUAACUUCCGCUGUUAAACGCAAGAGGUCAAGCUGUUCUCAGUUCAUUCUGCACCUAGCUAUCUACGACAUGAUCGCCUGUGUAACUGUCAUACCUGUGUCUUUGACAGGCUUAUUACAAAGGAACAUUGUUCACCACAAUGUUGUGUGUAAAAUCUUCAUGUUUUUGUGCCUUUUGUUUGCGCUCAGCUCAGUGGUUACUCUAGAUCUGGUUGCCAUUGAUCGAUUUUUAAAGAUCUGCAGACCGUUUUCCUACGGGAUUUCCUAUGAAGCUUCCAAACGACUGUUCUUCCUGGAGUUCAUCACAGGACUCGUGUUCGCGAUGGCCACUCUCUUCUUUCAGGGUAUGACCCGUGUAGAGGACAACUCCUCUCCUCUGUACUGUUACCGAGGAAUAUGUCUCCUAAACAACGACUUCUACGAAAGCGAGUACAGGUUUGUGUUCAAUUUGAUGAUUGCCAUUGUUCUGGCGGCCAUGUUUCUUGUGUUGUUCGUUUGCUACGCUCUGGUAAUGAGGACUAUACUUCGUAGGAGAUCAGGUUACGUAACCAGUCUUCCCAAGGUGGUCAUCACUCAGGCUCCCGGCUGCUCUGACCACCAACUCUUAGAGAACAUGGCAACUAUUUCCAAAGUACCGGAGCACUGUCAUCCAGACAGUACACAAGAGCAAUCAGUGUCAGACUGUGGCCAAACCACAACGUUUAGUCUUGGCUCGACAGGCAACCUCAUAGAUUUGGAAUGUGCCGCUACAGACCUUGAUGUUGGAAGGUCUAAUACGGACAUAUCCGCGCAAACACUUUCCGUCAACUUUCCAAAGACAAGUUCCAGGAAAAAAUCAGUCACCAGGCCCAGCUGCAGACGCCAAGCCAGCGCAAUUAAAUCUGCCAAAAUCCUGAGUAUAGUAACCUUGGGCUUUGUGUUGUGCUGGCUACCCACCUGGGCCCUCGGCUCCUUCAUUCGCCUUCACGUCCGUAGUGCCGAGAAGCUUCUGCGUAUGACACCAGCGCAUGACAAUGCCGUCAUGUUUUUCCAGUUUUGGUACCUUACCAAUCAUGCCGUCAAUCCUAUAAUUUACGCUUUCAUGGACCAAACAUUCAGGAAAGACUGCAUGCGACUGCUUCUUGGUCUACGUUCCAUGUCUUCGUUACCAACAAGGCAUAGCCAACAAACGAGACCAACAGAGGCACAUUGA